AUGUCAGAGGUGGUCAAAAGAAAAGUUUUGGGAGGAAGAGGAGCUAUGGGAAUAGUGAAUAGUUUGCGUCGCCAGCUAACACACCUGGUGAAUUGGGAAUUAAGUACGUCCGUGGAUGAAAGUUCAACAUUAAAUCUUCUCAGAUUGCUUUUAAACAGCGUGGGGUCUGAACACUUUAGAAGUAUGUCGGCUGUGGAAAUUUUACAAUGUUUGGAUAAUGUAAUGAAAGUUGUUUUAAAGAGAAGAACAAGAAGUAGCUGGAUAUUGCUGCUGAAUAAUAUAGGUAAAAAUAAUGUUAUAUUUAGAGACUAUAUAUUAUACUGUACUUUAGAGCUAUUGAAAUAUGAGGAUAAAAGUGAAAUACUACAAAGUCUGGAUGCAAAAUGCAUAUACUGGAAAUUGGGCAAUAACUUCCUCUAUACCUUAUAUAGUUUAAUACUAAGAGAUGACACAGAAAAUGAUGAUAUUAAGAAAUGUAUGAUGAGUUGUUUAGCUGAGGGGAUUUCCCCUCCAAGAGAACUUCUGGAUCUAUAUUUGAGUAGGAAUUCCUGUAAGGAUUUGUCAUUACUUACAGGAUUUAAGGUUACAUCCAAUUUGUUGGGAUAUUUAACAUACAACCUAUCAGAGAUCGAAAGGCUAGAUGAAAUGGAAGUGCAGGACUAUCUUGAGGUUUUUUCAGGUCACCAAAAAAGUCUGGAGAGAAAAAUUAGUUUGGAAGCUAUUAGAAACCCAUUUAGUGAUGUUCUUAGUAGAGCAUUAAUGAAUGUGAUUAAAAAAGGAGACAGCUCCGAAAUUGCUGAGGGUUUUUUUCAUCAUUUGAGUUUGGUUUAUUUGAUCGAAAGUAUUGAGUGUUCUCCUUGGAAUCUUAGACUAUGGAGGGAACUUUUGGAAUAUUUAAAUAGAAUACUUACUUUUCUUUCAUUAACUUGCGUUCUGGACAAUUUUUUUAAAACUGAAGGUAGAGUAUUGAGAAACUUAACAAUAAGUUCAAUUUCACAGAAGGAUUCUCUUCAAGAGUUGGUCUCAUUUUUUAGAUUAAAUUCCAAUUCAGAAUCUGAUGGUAAUUUUGAUUUAGUACAAUUACACAAAGUGGAACCUUUAAUUAGGUCAAUUGUGAUCAUAAGAAAAAAGCUAAUAAACAGAGAUUCCUACUGGAGAUACUUUAAUUUUGAGCAUAUUAGCAAUAUUAGAUCAGAAAUGCAUAUAAUCAGGUUCCAGAUCUAUUCAAUUCUGGUCUUAAUCAAUCAUUCUAGCUUAUACUUGAAAAAUCAUUUAAAUAAAACUGACGAUUCAUUUAAUUUGUUUGACUCAGAAAAAAACUCCGAAGCACACUUAGAUCUGGAUUUUCUUCUAAAAGUAUCAGAAUAUAAUGAUUUUGAAAGUUCUACCUCUGUCAAUCAAGAAAACAUCAAAUUGUUUCUUUUCAUUUUACCAGUUUCCCUUCUAAAUCUGUUUGAAAAUAAAGAGGACGCAAAAUCAGCUUUUGAAGCUGUUCAGAAUAGCAGUUUACCUGAAAGUACUCGAAAUAGAAGUUUUUCAAGUCUUUUUGAUCUUUGGACUAAAUUGGAGAACAAACAUACAAGGAGAAUAGAUUAA